AUGGAAGAAGAUGUGGAGAAAGCUGGUAAGGGAAAGGUUCAAGUGGAAAAAGGGGAUAUUAACGUAAAUGGAGGCAAACUAGGUGAAGCAAGGGGGGAAUUGAAGGGAAAUGAUGGGAGGGGAAGUUGGGGAAAUGAGAAGGCAAUUGGAGAAAUUAAGAAAGAAAAACUCGGAAAAGGUGGGAAAGGAGAAGAAAUAAGUAGAGGGGUCUCGGGGAAAUUUAUAGCAGUGAACGUGUUCCAAAUUAGACAUUCACUCUAUACGGCGGAAUCUGUUGAGACAACCAUGAAGAUCCCUAUUAGAGAUUUAGUUCUUGCAAUUGCAUUUUUCUUCAAUUUUGGCCAAUUAAAUGCUGGAGGAGCUUCUAGCAAACUUCUGCUUGAACCUGAAACACCCUUACGACGUAGAAUUGCUGCCCCACCCCUCCCAAGUACUGCUACAUCCCUCUCAGAUACUGCCCUACCCCUCCCAAGCAAUGGCUCACGAUACCCAAAUAGAAGCCGACCAACUACAACGUUCAUCUAUGAGCACAAAGAAUUUGGUGUGUGGUUGAAUUCUGAAAAAAAAGUUUUGGAAGUUAGCCUUUUACCAACGUACAAAAAUUUUCGACCGAGUUUUAAAUAUCGCAGGUUAAGAGGUAUUGUGGUGCGUCCAGCUGAAGUAGAGCUGAAAGAUUUGAAGAUCUCGAUAUCAUUUAAGGUGUACGUACAAACCGCACGCCCAGGAAGUAAAGCACCAGAAAGAAUUAUAGGAUCGGACCUUGUUGCUAGGAUGCAAUAA